GUAGUCUGUUUUCGCUGCACAGGAAGGAAAAAUAUAAAUGAGAUAUUUCAAAAUGAAAUUUUCAAUUUCUAUGAAAUUUCAAUCUGGAAAAUUGUUUGGCAGUACAGAUAAUGGUGCGCAAGAGUUUAUUAACUUGACAAAUUAUUAGCCCUGAUUUUUCAUAGCCAUACGCACGGCGUUUCUACGCUGCAGCCUUCUCUGAUUGGCUGUUUAACUGUCCUAUGAGCAACGUAAACCAAAUUUCAAAGCAGUAUCCCUUCGUCUGAUUGGACAAUGACUACCACUAAGAAAGGGACCUUGUUAUAAAAGCCUGCAUCGGAAGAUUUUCGAUCUUUUUCAUAGAAAUCGUGGUUAGGUGUAAUUUAGCUUGUGAUUUGUCUUAGUGAUAAGUGUGCAUAAAUACGGAGUAAUGGCUAAUUCCUUCAACAUAAUUUAUGUCGGACGCAGACGGUUCAAUAUUGUCAAGAAAGAGCACUAGCGUUGUAUAAUUUUCCGAAAUGGUUGCGGAUGAAGUUUUUUUUGUAGAAGUUUGCUAAGCUUACUCAAAAACUAUGGAUCCUUUCUCUUUCUAGAAUAUGAAGCUACUGAUCAGUUCGUUUUGCGUAGGCUUUCUGAUUGAUCAUCAAUUGUAAUUCCGUAAUUGUGGUCUAAUUGUAUGACCUUACACGUGGGCGCCACGUGGCCUUGAACUGAUCCUGUGUCAGUUGAAUUUAUUAGUUAAGCUUAACAUUCUUGAGUAAGUUGCGAGAUCAAGAUUAGUUAUCUGUAAAUUAAACAACUAGGCUGUGACCGAGAAAUCCAAGUUUCGGGAUGUGGAUUCCAUGGGGACUUCAACGCCCGACAGCCGCCUGCCUGGGUUAAGCUGUUUUGCGGUGUGACCCUUUCAGCGUAGUUUCACCAUCCGAGGCUGGGUGCUGGCAGUCCAGGGCUGUGGUGAAGCUGCAGGUUUUUUUCCCCCCGGGAGUCAAGCCAUAAACAAUGUGUCUUGGGUGUGGAGCACGAAAGGCUUUAGUUCCCGGGAAGACCCUGUACUGAUCAUGUGGCGCCUCCCGUACUGUGCAUCUGAACAGGCUGCAUUUCCAAUUUGAAAAGGCAGAUGGCGCCGUUUGCUCAUCCGUAAAAUGUAUGCGUUACGUCUCCCAUUCUGUGGUGUUGUCCAGGGGUAAUAAAUUAUAAUAAAGCUCUUUGGGGCGUUUGUCCAAAUUCAAACUUGUCAGUGUCUGAAUACUGUACCUUUUCCUUACCGUUUUGUGCCAUAUUGUAUUGCCUCAUCUGUUUCCAAGUGUGACUGUUGAAUGCAUACGGUGUCUUAUGGUUCUUUAUUCAUGAGGAAUUUUGGCUUAAAAUUAAAUGCAGAUUUUCAGCCAGUGUGACUCUGACUGAUCGAUUUCAGCGUUUGAGCAUUAAUUCUGUUUCUCCGUGCGUCGCUGCGGAAUCUGCAAACCGGCACGUCUGGUAUCUGCUGUCAGCUGGCGUGUCAAGCUUGCUGAACCUAAUGGGCCUGAAAGCAGGCCUUUCCAUUAUGGCCAGGCACUUUCUUGGCCUGCUGACCCCAUCACAACUGUUAGUAGGAGCGUAUGUUGCUUUCGCACGGUGGAGGCUUCAUGUAAAUGAUCCAUUAGCGCUGAGGCCGACACUAACGUGGCUUCUGGUUGAGACGCAGUGAUCUUAAUGCUGUUUUGCCUUGGGAUGAAAGGGAACAGAUGGCAUUGUUGAAAUGCGCUGUGGUUUGAGUGCUGGAGUAUUCACUGUACUGGUCAAUGCUUUUCCAAAUUGCCCCUGUCUCUCUCUGCUGUGGCUGUCCUCAGCUUUGUACAGUGAAUCCCUGGUGGAAGCAAAGGCCAGCAGUAUGAAAAUCUGUCCCUUCAGCAUAGUGAUGGGGGGGGGGAAUGAACACAGAACAGGCCUGAGUGUGAGAUCCAGCAAAAACGCGUUGCUAUGCAGUUGCCUGUGCUUGAUUGUGGAUGUUGGUCCAGAGACUUUCUGUUUGCAUCUGUCUCAUUAAUGCCACCUGUGGUGUUGACAGGUAUUCUGUUGAUUUGAUUACAUAUGCCUGCAGAUACAUUAACCAUUAAUCUAUAGCUGCUGUAAAUUAUGUGCCUGACUGCCAAAGUGGUGAUUGGCUGUCGACUUUUUUUUUUUAAAUGUACAGUCAGCAAACACGGCAGUGAGAUGCAUUUUGCAUGUGUGUGAAUGAAAGUGCUGCUCAUACUUUGGUCAUUUUGCGUGAUGGUAUCUUAACGGCAAGUCUUUCUGCCCAUGCAAUAAAUAUGUGAAUAUUUGCCAGUUAUUUAUAUGGGUUAGGCUGUAAUAUGUAAGUAUGAUCUCAGAUGGCUUAUUUGACCUGUUAGUUGUCCUAGUUUCCUUCUCAAAUAAUGAGACCUUUUGUCUUGCAUUCUAUUCAUCCAGGUCAUGUUUACAAAAACCCUCAACUAAUACCAGUUCAUUGUAAAGAAAAAAAAAAAAUACACACAUUCCUGGUUAAAUCUUUGACAUAUGCAAUAUUUAACACUUUAGGUGUAUUUUUUAAACAAAAGCUUCAGUUUUAAAUGCCCGGAGUCCAGGUGCUAGGUAAGCAGCUUGAAGAUGGAUUGAUAUUUAAAUGUAGAUUCUCAUAUAUGAAUUGGUAUCAAAAUGCUAACAUGAAGUCUAAAAGUUAAUGGCUUAGUGUUUAGCAUUACGGUAAUCUUGAGGACCUUAGUUGAUGUGAUGGUUUAAAUUGAUAGCUGGUAGUGUCAUUCCUGUGGUUGAAAGAUGGAGGGGUGGGCUAUGGUAGCAUCAAAGCGUGCAACAGGAGAACAUAUUUUGAAUGGUCAUUUAAGGUGUUUGAGUCACAGGGAGUCGGGCAAAAUCCACUUCUGCCCGCUGAAUUUGACUGUCGAAUGUCCUGCAGGUAAAUGGUGUAUUUGAGAUUUGCAUGGCCUCUUACCAGCAGCAUGCCUCUGCUGUCAUUUCCAUACAGGUGCAAAUUGGCCAUCAAUCACUCUUUCUGAGCCGUGACCUCCACCUGACCAGUGCUGUUCCUGAUAAAUGUAAUGAGUGAAUGAAAAUUCUUUUUUCAGUUCACUGUAUCUUUACAUAGCACCUUUCACAACAGACUCUCCCUAAGGUGCUUUACAUGGGUGUGUAGCGCAUCACUGCACUAUUUAUACAGGAUAAUACAAUGCUGACAUUAUAAAACAAAGAAUUGACCUGCUUGUGAGACGCAAGCUGAACACUGGUCAUGUUCAAAGCCAAAGUCCAUCGAUGAGUCAGUUCUCCAUUUUUGCUGGUGUGAGGUGGCAGAUUGAAGGCUGCACCCACAAUGUCAUACUUUGUAAAUCACGUUGAUGGUGUCACACUUUGGGACUGAACCAGCACUUCUGCUCAGAUGGUCGGUCCCACCCCCCCAUGACACAGCAGAGAGAUGUGGGCAGACCUCCCAACAUGAUAGUCAUCAAUGAUACUGCUAACUCCUGUAGUAACUCAACACUCAGUCCACCAAUCGGAAGUCGGCUGUGCUUUUUGCAUUCAGCAUUUAUGUGUAUAUUAUUAUUAAAGGAAAAAGCUUUAUGGGUCCAUUUCAUACAGACAGCCAGAAGACAUUAUAGUACAGCCAACUGUUUGAGGAUGAUCAUGAGCAUAAGCUGGUAGCAUAUUGAAUGACAUUGUUCAUGGUAAACAGUGAUAUAAAAGAAAUGUGGGACAGGUGCAAGGCACAGUAUUAUUUGAAUGUGGAGGCCAUGAAGCAUGCAUACAUCUACCAACCCCAUGCAGUACAUGGUCAUCGAGGACCUGGACCACAUUCCCGGCAGCAGAGGGGACACAGUAGGGUGAGUAGCCAGUGCAUCGUAGGGCACACAUGCAAUGUGCAAUUCAGUCAGCCUAUGGCUUAUAUAUUAUAUACAAUGGCUUUCAAAAGUCUUGAAUCAUCCCUUACAGUUAUCAAAUUAGCCUAAAAUACAAAUAAUAUAUACACAUUCUGAUACACACAGUAUUUGUUCAAAUUCGAAAUUAUUUGUCGAGUCAAGUAAUUCAUAAAGCUUUAUUAUCUCAGUCAUGUACAAUGUAUAGUGAAACAAAAUAAUGUUGAACACAAUGCGACAUUCGUGACAGGAUAGAUAUACUGAUAAAGAUAGACUGGAUAGUCAUUGCAGUACUAAAGACAGCAAAUCAAAGAAAAUCAAAAAUCUAAAACAUACAUAUUUAAUACUUGAUGUAUAAAUUAAAUACAGCCUACUCAAUAUACUUACUGUAUACUAAUUUCAAUACUUACGCAACUAAAGUUAAGUUAGAUGACGCCCUAUAAUACUGUAAAGGAGCUGGAAGGUACACGUGAGUGCACUGCCGCCAAAGCUGCAAACAUAAAACCGCGACUGGGAUUUUCAGAAGUAUAUUUAGCUGCUCUAAAUCGUAAUAGAAAAAGGCAUCGGUGGCCGGGUCGUGGCUCCGAAUGCCUGUCAUCGCCACCUGUGCCACGGAGGAGUGAGUGAGAGCACGCCCCCUGGCGGUAGAUAAGCUGCCAUCACACGGCUCGCCCCCAGGACGCGCACACGCACUGGGCGUCUGUAUUAGCGGCUCGGGCAGCGCUCGGUACCGCCGACACACAGCAUCCAGCCUUUCCUCUGGACCCCAGCUCUCCUGCAGACAUCACAUUCAAAACGCUGGCUCCCUUACUGAUGCAAUAGCAAUCCUGAUUUUAUGGUAUUCGCAUCAUCCACAGUACUGGUGGAAUACCGGCAAAAAUAGAGCAUUUUUUCCUUCAAGUCAUUUUUUUCCGGACUCGAAUAACCUGGAAAAAUUGGAAGUGCCUCUAGGACACGGAGUACUUUCUGAAGAAGACGGGCAGCUCUGCCGGCGUUCUCCCGCAGCAGAUUUCCGAUCGGCAAGCAGUCCCGUGGUGAGCGAGCCCACAUACGACUGCCGUCAUGGAUGAGAUGGACCUGCCCCAGAUGAAGAAGGAGGUGGAGAGCCUCAAGUAUCAGCUGGCCUUCAAAAGAGAGAAGUCCUCCAAAACUGUCACCGACCUGGUGAAGUGGAUCGAGGACGGGGUGCCGACGGACCCCUUCCUGAACCCUGAGCUGAUGAAGAACAACCCCUGGGUGGAGAAGGGCAAGUGCACCAUCCUUUAACAGCCGGGCACUGAGAUAGCAGCCCUGUCCGUCCGCCGAAACCUGGGCUCUGGCCACCGUGCUGCCUGUCCUGCCCCCCCAGGACGCUUACCCCCUACCCCCCUGAGUGUACGCCGCCCAACGGCAUUGUUGUAUAGUUACUGCGAGACACCCCUCCCCAUUACUCUUAUAUACUCUUAAUACUCCCAUAUAUGCAGUUUGAUCUCGACUUUACUCUUUUUGCCGCCUGUGACUUUAAGACGUAGAGCAGCGGAUCCACGCUGGUGGUUUUCCUGCAGCCUGAUGCAUGCAAUGUGACAGCAAAUACUACACUAAUGGAGACAGUUUUUUACAUAAGUACAGCUGCCGACUAUUAGGGUCCGUUAAUUUAUUUUAUUUAUAUGUGGAUUGUUAAAUCACUCGUGGGUUUGGUGUGUUUUAGAUGAUAAACUUUCUAUCUGGUUUCCUCUCGCCUUUUCUAACACCUGUAACCAUCGGAAAUGGCCUUGUAAAAUAGUUCCUUAAGGAGAAUGUUAAUGUAAUAGGUUAGGCUGCCGUUAGCAAGCUCUGCACUGUUCCGUGUGCGUGUCCGUGUGCUCGUAUGCGUGUGUGUGCGUGUUGGGUCGAGACAGAGGUCGUCCCCUGGCUGAGAUGCUGAACUGCACGAUCCAUUUGGUGAUGGCACUUUUAAACUAAGGCAACAACAUGAUUUUAUGUUCCUUUUACUUAUAUGUCUUACAUGCAUAUGUAACCUGUUUGUAAAACAUAUAGUUUAUAUAAAUAUAUUUAAAAACUACUGAUAUAUCUGUUUAUCUCUAAAUAUAUUUGAGUGCUUUGAUUAAUUAUGCAUAAGAUCAUGUACUAGUUCAACGAUUAUGAGCAAUAACUAACAUUUUUUAUGGAAUGUUUUACAAAAAUAAGUUUGUGAUAUCGAAUAAAUUGGUGGUUUUUAGAGA